GCGUUAUCGUGGGGUAGUGCGGUUUUGGCGUACCUAUAUAGAGAGAUGUCUAAGGUUGCAUUCAUGAAAAAUAGUGACCUCAAAGGGUGUCUCAGCUUACUGCAAGUAUGGGCAUGGGAGAGGCUGCAUUUGAAGCCGAGACUAUGCGUGAAUUUACAAUUAGACGGACAAAUUCCACUAGGAUGCAGAUGGAAUGUCCAAAAAUGUUUUGACGAGACCCCGGCGAGACAGUUAGAUUUCUACCGAAAUGAGCUUGACCGCAUGAAGAUUUUUCAGAUGGAAUGGGAGCCCUACACCCCAUUUCUCGAUCAUCUACCCCCUAUAUGCACAGAAUACCCAGUUAUAUGGAGAGCCAGAGUUCAUCUAAUAUGUUUCGAGAUAGUAGAAAUGCAUGUACCAGACCGCGUGCUUCGACAAUUUGAUCUUGCACAACAUGUACACCCCAUUUCUCGAUCAUCUACCCCCUAUAUGCACAGAAUACCCAGUUAUAUGGAGAGCCAGAGUUCAUCUAAUAUGUUUCGAGAUAGUAGAAAUGCAUGUACCAGACCGCGUGCUUCGACAAUUUGA